AUGACAUCUAUCGUGGAACCUCCGCUGGACACAGUGCCGCCUCCUGAUGAUACUGUAGCUGUGCCUCCCUCCAUGGCUGCUCCCCCGCCGGACACCAUUGCAGGGCCUCCUGAUGACAUCAUGGCUGCUCCCCCGCCGGACACCAUUGCAGGGCCUCCUGAUGACAUCAUGGCUGCUCCCCUCGGACACCAUUGCAGGUGGCUGGUCCUGGUGCCACGUGGCUUCUCCCCCACCGACACCAUCGCGGCACCUCCUGAUGACACAGUGGCUGGUCCUGAUGAACCGUGGCUGGUCCUGAUUGACACCGUGGCUGGUCCCGAUGACACAGUGGCUGGUCCUGAUGACACCGUGGCUGGUCCUGAUGACACCGUGGCUGGUCCUGAUGACACCGUGGCUGGUCCUGAUGACACCGUGGCUGGUCCUGAUGACACCGUGGCUGGUCCUGAUGACACCGUGGCUGGUCCUAAUGACACCGUGGCUGGUCCUGAUGACACCGUGGCUGGUCCUGAGUGA